AAUCCAACUUCCCGUCAACAUUGUCCCUCCGAAUGGAUGAAAAUUGUCUCCAUAAUAAAAGGACACUAAAGGAUAAAAGGGCAUCUCACCUUUUUCAACGAGUCAGUCUAAUUCUGGACGCUCUCGGACACUUCUCGGGAAAAUUGUAAAGAAGAAUUUGUUGAAAAUCGUUUUCCAAAAGUACGUGAAAUUAGUGAAAUUACUUGUCCCUCUCAAAAAAUUAAAAAGGAUAGAUCGAGAUGACUUUGUCCAGCGAAGUCAGUGUUCUCUAUUUGGAGUUGGACCUAUACCGACAAACACUGAUAGGGUCACGGAUAACCUCCUGCAAGUUUUCCGACGAGUUGAAUCGUCUCGCCUACGCGUUGCACUGUCUGCAUUGGGAGGCGAAGAACCUCGACGAGGCGAUUCGCCAGGCCGGAUCGCGCAGCGUCGUCUACAACCAGAGCGCCUGGAGCGUCAGUCAUCGCGCUUACCUGCUACGUCACGAGAUCCGCUUCUCCAAGGCGCAGUUCGGGAUUUGGGUAAAUUUGAUUAAAAAUCCGCCCACGAAGUCCACGAUUUUCUCGUCCCCGUCCCACAGCGAGUCGUCUGAAGGUCAAGGCCCGAGUCGCUCGGUUUACUGGUGGAGUCCUCAGCGAAAGCAGGCGUCGCAGGAGAAAGUGGCUUACAAAUAGUUCAUUAUUUAACUUUGUACUUAGGAAAACGGGCCAAGUUUUGAAAAAUUAUUGAUAAAAUGUGCAUAAAAUUAGGAUUUCCAGCCUCAUAUGCAUUUCAUGUUUCAAAGUGCUUAGAAUUAUGUGCAUAUUUCUGAAAAAGUUUCCAUUAAAAAAAAUCAUGUUUAAACAAAUUCAAUUCAUUGUUUAUCAUGAAAGAAUUUGACUUUAUUAUUAAAAGUAUUGUGGUUGUUCAUGA